AAUCAGCUUUUUUUGCGGUUUCUCACCCUUUUUCAUUUAAAAAUAAAACUCUUACUCUUUGUUUUCACUGUUAAUUAGCUUUUAUUUAGUGAAAAUUCUUAACUUUUGUGUUUAUUGAGAUAUCAUUUGUGAGUAAAUUUGGUCUGCUUUAUAUUUGGAAUCUGAAAUUCAUUCGUAAAAAUCUGUGGCGCUCUUGGCUCAGGUGACUUUUUCAUGUUUUAGUUUUUUAGUCAUUACCCUGUUUUUUGUGCUUUGUGAUGGAUGAUGAGAUAGCAAAAUGGCGAGCCGAAAGAAGAGCUAAUUAUCCAUCUGCUAAAAAAGAUAAAACAGAAUCAUCCGAACCAGAGAAAGUGAGAAAUACGAAACGACGAAAUGAUAAACAUGAGUUGAAUUUACAUGAUAAGAUGUUUCUUACUGAUGUCCAUAAAGAAGAGGAACGGAUUAUUCAAUGUUUAAAGUUACUUGUUGAAGAGGAUGCAAAAAUAUGAAAAGAAAAUAUUCAAACUUGGUGGCUAACAAAUAUCACUUCAGUUACUUCAAAUCAACCCUAUUGACAUUAAUUUGAUAUCAAAUUUUUUCCAAAGUUAUCCAAAGUUAUUAAAAGCCAAAUUACGAUGAAGUUGUGUGACAAAAGUGCUUCUCAUAUGUUAUCAAUGAUUGCCGCAAUUUAUGGAGUGUUCAUUUAUGCCAUUGCCUUUUCAUUGGAAAUGUGGUUUAUUAUAACAACUCCUAUUUAUAAUUAUGAAAAUUAUGACCAUUUAAGUGACGAAGAAUCAAUUCCAGUUUUUGCAUUUGUUUUGGCCGCCAUAUACUUUGUCACUAUAGUUGUUUCUUUAUUACUUAUGCUUGGUAUUAUAAUCAAGUCCAUCAUGUGUUUAAUGUCUUGGCUUGUAACCGUAGCCUUAACUUUUUUACCCGAAUGUGGCCUUGUUUUGUAUAUGAGUAUUGAAAAAUGGGGAAUUGAAUCUCGUAAUGGCCAGAUUGAACUAUGUCUUUUUAUAAUUAGAGCUAUCAUGAAUGUCUUCUUCAUGGUUUGUGUACAAAAUUUAAUCAGUCAAUGGAAGGCAGAGAAACAGAUCGCAUCAUAUGCCAUGAGUAUGAGUUCUUACAACUGCAACCCACAAGCUGAUCUGUAUCCUUUUGUUGAUACUAAUUCAACCACAAUUAAUCCUGUUUUCAAAUUUAAUUCACCAUUAAAUGGUAUUGGAGGAGGACAUUUACCAUCUAGUGAAUUUGAUACACAAAAUUUUCAAGAUUUAGUGAAAACGAGAGGAGAUCCGGGACCAACCACUUCUCUUUAUGGACAAACAUCUUAUUCCACUCAAAGUUUGGAUAGAAAAAAGAUCCUCAAACUACAAUCAACUCAUUCUUUCAAAGAUGAAGUCAUCUUAAGACCAUUACAUCACCACCCAUUUGACUAUUUAAUGAGACCUGGUAGUAAUAUGGACAUGAGAUCCAAUCAACCCAAUGGCCAGCCCUAUUAUCAAUCAAAAACACUACCAAGAGAUUUUGGUGAUAAAAAUUCAUCCACCCAUUCCAUACGAGAUGUUGCGCUUUAACUUAUAAUCAUUUCAUCAACAUUUUUUUAAAUUUCACAAACUAAAUUUUCGUAUUUAUAGUCACUUUAUACCAAAACUAUUUAACUUUUUAUCGUUUGAGUCAGUGCCUUGUUAUUUUCGACUUGAACUGAUGAUUCAAGUCAAAGUAUCGCUUUAAAGCUGGAGAGAUUUCUCUUAUAAAAAGUUCAAAUAAACCAAAUCAAUCAAUUUAUUGAUUAUUUGCACCUUA